AUGGUGGAAUCGCCGGACGGCCACAUCUCACGGCCCACGGAUCCCGACAGUCUUGUCCUCGAAGCCUGGGGUCAGGGACUGAUGGUUGGAUCGCUGGUCGUCAUGGCCGCGGUCAUUGUUGCAAACAUGAAAAGACGCAUCUUACUGCAUAAGCUGAUUCUGAUCGAGGCGAGUCAUUCACUUGGGCUGCUCCUCGCCCUUCCACACGGCACAUUCAUCUUCAACAAACCCCCCGUCUACGGGUGGUAUCUCUCAGUGAGCGCUGUCGGGCUCAACAUCUCCUGGAGCCUGCACAAUCUCAUUGCUUGGAUGAAAAGUAAGCCGUUUUAUAGUCGCAAUGUAUCCGUGGCAUACAUCGCUAGUGUGGUCUUGGUACAACCAUACUGGCUGCUAGAGAUCUAUGCCAAUUUUGCAUAUUUCAACAAUAUCAACCGUAUCUUUGAGGUGACGCGGCCAAUGGAACCGUUCUUCCGUGACCCGUGGUGGAUAUUCACAACCUGCUCCCUAUUCUACACAAUCAAACGCGGGUACAGCUUCGGCAUCGUCGAGCUGGUCACCGUCAGCCCGCGAUUCGGCAUCAUGCUGGCUGCCAUGUGUGUCUCGAUUCUGUUCAUCAUCGUCGACACAUGCAGUGUCAUCGGUGUAAUUCGCAGCGCCGCACUGCCCAUCGGUGUCCAACCUUUCUGGAAGCUCUCCUUCAUCUUCAAAUGCCUCUGCAACACCGUCAUCCUCGACGACUUCAGGACAGCCCUCGACCGCAUCCACACAUACCACGAGCAGCGGAGACGCGCGUCUGCGUACCCUGCUCUUCGCGAUAUAAGACCACCGGCGAAUGCUCAUCAGCCGCCCCACAAUGCGAGUUCCGCGUGUGCGCCGACAUUUGAAGAGGCCGAGGAGGUCGAGGACAUUGUUAUUGAGGUUCCGCGUAGGGCGGGAGAUGUUGUUUAA